UCCCAGAACCCAUCUAGCUGCAGAUGGCUAAGAUACUUGGAAAAUAAGGAACAUUCCAGUGAAGCAGAAGAACUGAAACGUGAUGAGCUCUUACACAAUAUGUGCACACUUUAGCCAGUAGUGCCUCAUUCCAGUGUGAAACUGCUAAUUAGAGCCAUGCCAUUCUCACGCAGCUUCUUGUCUGAAGAGCAGCUGCUGUGUUCAAUAUGCUUAGAUGUGUUCGACAAUCCGGUGUCCACGCCAUGCGGCCACAGCUUCUGCAUGACCUGCAUCAGGCACUACUGGGACACAGCGAAGCUCUGCCAGUGCCCUCUCUGCAAGCAGUCCUUCAAGAGAAAGCCCGAUCUCCACAUUAAUCGGACUCUACGCGAGAUCACCGAACAGUUUAAGCAUAUGAUGGCAAACCCGGGGGACCCUGGGGGGGUCGGGGCAGCUGUAGAGGCUGAAGAAGAGGGGAAAAAACCAGAGCCAGGCCACCGUCCAGGUUAUCUUCUUGAAGAAAUGAAGCAGAGAUUAUCAAGCAGGUCUAAACAAACACCGAACACGGAUACUAAUGGCACCCAGUUACCUGUUUUUGCCAGACAGCUGUCCCUGCGAAGGUAUACCCUGAGUGGGGCGGCAGAUGCCAUGAAAGUGCCCCUUUGUCCAAAACAUCACCGUAACCUGGAGCUGUUCUGCCUGUCGGAUCUGGAAUGCAUUUGUAUUGAGUGUGGACAAACCGAACACCAAUCACACGACAUCGCAUGUGCCGAGAAAGAGUGGCGCAGUUAUAAGAUGAAGAUUUCUACCACAGAGACAGAGAUACAGGAGAUGACCAGGGAGAGGAUGCAGAAGGUGGAGGAGAUCAAACAAUCACUAGUUGACGUCAAAAAGCUGUCCGAGGGCGAGGUGCAGCGCAGCAUGCAGGUGUUCGGAGCACUGAUGGCUUCUCUCGAGCGCAGCCAGGCCGAGCUGCUGGAAGUGACGGAGAUGAACCGGCACUCGGCGGAGCACCAGGCGGAGCUCAUGAUCCGAGAGCUGGAGCUGGAGAUCACGGAGAUGAGGAGGAGAAGCGCAGCGCUGGCUAAACUGGCCCAGACUGACAAUUUUGUCACUGGACUGAAGGGCUACUCUGAUGUCAGUACUCCCAUGUCAAAGAAAGACUGGACGGGUGUAUCGCUGACCUGUGACCUUGGAACUAAAGCAAUUUACGCCUCAGUCUGUCAGCUACUGGAACAAUAUAAGCAGGAGCUUCAGAAACUGCCUGCAGUCUGCCUCUCUGUGUCCGCUAACCAAUCACCAUUGAAGUCACACCCAAAAGUGAAGAGAGUACAGGAAUAUGCAGUUGAUGUGACCCUGGACUCCAGCACUGCUCAUCCACGUCUCCUCCUAUCAGAAGACAAGAAGAAGGUGUGGUGCGGUGAAAGGCACCAACAUGUUCCCAACAACCGUGACCGCUUUGACCGUGUAGUCUGUGUUCUGGGGCGCGAGGGCUUCAGCGGGGGUCGACACUACUGGGAGGUAGAGGUCGAUGGAAAGACCGACUGGGACCUGGGGGUGGCCAGUCAUUCCAGCAACAGGAAAGGUAAGAUCACAGUCAGCCCCAGCAACGGCUACUGGUUUCUUAGCUUGCGGGACAAGAACAACUUUGCCUUCAGGACUGAGCCUUCCACUGCCCUUCCCCUCAGCCUGAAGCCUCAGAAGAUUGGGCUGUUUGUGGACUACGAAAAAGGCCAAGUGUCCUUUUAUAAUGUGGACGCAAAGAUGCACAUCUACACGUUCAUGGACAACUUCUCUGAGACCAUUUAUCCGUUCUUCAGUCCCUGUACCAACAAAACAGGCAAAAAUGAUGCUCCGCUGGUGAUCACGCCUGUCCAGUGACUUGAGAAGGUUUUGUGACCAAACAUCUGCUCCAUAAUGUUUUGGGCUUUUCUUUUUUGCCUAACAAAUAGCCUUUUCAUACCAACAAAUCUUCUAAUCUUUCUUAUUCUAUUAAAGUCGGCAUUAAACAAA